UAACAAGCGCUCCACACUAUAUAUAGACAUUCCUUUCCUAGCUGGAGUGAUCAUCCAAAAAAUUCAUUUGAGGAAAUCAUGAGAAGUCUUUACUUUUAUUUCAGCCUCAGUCUCCUCUUAUUCCUGCAACAAUGCCAUGCUUCCCAGUCAGAGAAACAUGGAGCUUACAUAGUGUACAUGGGAUCCUCACUUUCUGCUGAUGGAUCCCCAAGAAACGAUUACAUCCAACUCCUGAGCUCCUUGACGAAUAGGAAGAACAACCCUGUCAUACACACCUACAGUAGUGGUUUCUCUGGGUUUGCAGCUCAUUUAUCAGAUGAAGAAGCAAAGUCGAUAGAGCAAAUGCCUGGAGUUGUGUCUGUAUUUCCAGAUCCAGUUUUACAGCUUCACACAACUCAUUCUUGGAAAUUUUUGAAGCACCAAGCUUCUUCGUUGAUUGAUUCCAUUCCAGCUUAUCCUUCAGGCUCAGGCGCUUCUUCAAAUGAAACCGACACCAUCAUUGGUUUCUUGGACUCAGGAAUUUGGCCUGAAUCUAUGAGUUUCGAUGACAAAGAUGUAGGCGAAAUCCCACGAAGGUGGAAAGGAAAAUGCAUGGCAGGCAUAAACUUCACAGCCAGCAACUGCAACAAGAAAUUGAUUGGCGCUAGAUAUUACAAAUAUAUGAAGAGCACGCCUAGAGACGCAGAUGGCCAUGGCUCACAUGUGGCCUCCACAGCAGCUGGAAGUCCAGUUCCUGGGGCAUCAUACUAUGGCCUUGCUAAAGGGACUGCGAUAGGGGGCUCAACUAGCUCAAGAAUUGCCUCAUACAAAGUUUGUGGAGUUUUUGGUUGCGCAGGGUCAGAUAUUCUCAAAGGAUUUGAUGAUGCAAUUGGUGAUGGUGUUGAUGUUCUAUCAUUGUCCUUGGGUUCAGAUCCAAGAAAGGAGGAUUUGAUCAAAGAUCCUCUAGCUAUCGGAUCAUUUCAUGCAAUGGAGAAGGGCAUUAUUGUGGUAUGUUCUGCAGGAAAUGACGGUCCUUCAGCAUCAUCUGUUGUAAACACUGCUCCUUGGAUAUUAACAGUCGCUGCCACCACCAUUGAUCGUGAUUUUGAAGCCCAGAUCCUGUUAGGAGGAAACAAAACCAUUAAGGGAGGAGCUCAGCAAAGUCCAACUCCAGCGAUGACAAUGUUGCGAGGUACAGUGCUGAUAAAAAAACCUCUCAGUGUUCCUCUAUGUUCGUAUCAUGCUAACAUUGUACCUCACAAUAAAUGCCUUCUCAGACGCUGCGUCCCAGGAUAUUUGGACAAGGACAAGGUGAAGGGAAAAAUUGUCCUAUGUGAAAACAAUCCACAAGAAGAAGGAUCACUCUAUAAUCUGUUGAUGAAGAGAAUUUCCCUGAUGAGCCAAGGCGCACUUGGGGUGAUAAUAGUUGACAAUAUCCUGAGGCAGAUACCACAAAAUUGUCUAAGUGAUCCAAUUUCAAUUGUGACUGAAGAAGAUAAAGUUACCAUACUAUCUUAUAUCAACUCGAGCAGAAAUCCAGUGGCAACAAUUCUACAAACUGUUGUGACUCUAAAUUACAAGCCAGCUCCAGUCAUUGCCGGCUUUUCUUCAACCGGCCCUGUACCCGGCAACAAAAAUCUUAUCAAGCCGGACAUUGCAGCACCAGGUGUAGCCAUUCUUGCAGCAUGGACCGCAGAUGACGAGCAAGAGACUCUCCCUGGAAGGAAACCGCCAGUCUAUGUCUUAGAGUCAGGCACAUCCAUGUCUUGCCCUCAUGUUUCAGGGCUGGCUGCAUCAGUCAAGUCUCAGCAUCCCACUUGGAGUCCCUCAGCUAUCAGAUCAGCUAUCAUGACAACAGCAAUACAAACAGACAACUUACAAACCCCAAUCAAAACAAUGAAGGGAUCAAUUGCCACCCCUUAUGAAAUUGGUGCCGGGGUUAUAACUAUAUCGCGUCCACUGCAGCCAGGCCUCAUCUAUGAGACUGGAAUCAUUGACUACCUACAAUUUCUAUGCAACAAUGGUUACAAUGCAGAUAAGAUUAAGAAAAUUUCGCACGUUGUCCCCAGUAACUUCACGUGCUCCAGUAACUCAAGUGAUUCAAUCUCCAACAUGAACUACCCUUCAAUAGCCAUAUCCAACUUAAAACAAAAUGACAUCAAGACUGUGGUCAGAACUGUAGCUAAUGUCGGCGAGGAAGAUUCAAAGUACACAGCAGUUGUGGAGGCUCCUUGUAAUGUGCAUGUUGAAGUGGUUCCGAGUAAAUUGGAGUUCUCAAAGGGCAUUAAGAAGUUAAGCUAUCAAGUGAAGUUUAAACUCACUGCAGCUUCCAAGAAAGACAUUUUUGGCUCAAUUACAUGGAGUAACACCAAAUACAAAGUUCGGAGCCCAUUUGUUGUAGCCAAAGCUUGAACACAAAUAGCUGAUGAUAGAGGUAACCAAAAGGACAACAGCUCAUUCAACAAAGGGAAAUGCCAUGAAAUAACAACUGCUAAUCAAACCAGUUGUAUCUAUGUAAUGUAAUGAUAGUAAGAUUUCAAA